CUGAAAGGAACAUGGUGGCCGCUUCCUCCCUCCUAAGCAGCAGCAGUAACGGCGUCGGCGGCUCCUCAGGUUCUCUUUGAGGGGCCGGGACGCUGCGAGCACGGCGUCGGCAGAUCAGCCAGGCCACGGAGCGUCUCUGCGCUGAGGAAGCCGAGGCAGUCCGGUAUUUGUCUGACGCCGACGCCGCCACAGGGAUCCUAGGCAUAACAAUGAGAGAAGAUAAAGGUCCAAGAGUGGUUGAUUAUUUUGUAGUGGCAGGUCUCACGGAUACAUCAGCCCUUCUAGAUCAAGAGGGAAAUCGCUCUGAAACCAAGUCUUUUGGUCCAAAGGCUCCAAUCACUGACCUUGCAGUGAUCAUCAAGUCAGCAGGUGAAACUGUUCCUGAGGGAUAUACAUGUGUAGAAGCAACUCCUACAGGACUUCAGGCCAAUUUGAACUAUGGAAGUCUUAAAAGUCCGGAGCUUUUUCUUUGCUACAAGAGAAGCAGGGACAAACCACCGCUUACUGACAUUGGAGUUUUAUAUGAAGGGAAGGAGGUCGUAAAGCAAGAUUGUGAGGUGAUCCAGGCUACUCCCUAUGGCCGCUGUGCAAAUGUCAAUAAUAGUUCAGCCUCUUCCCAGCGAAUCUUUAUCACCUUUCGGAGGGCUCUUCCAGUGCGAGCUCAGAACUCCUUGGCUGUCACCGACAUAUGUGUUAUUGUAACUAGUAAAGGAGAAACCCCACCUCACACUUUCUGCAAAGUUGAUAAGAAUUUAAAUUGUGGCAUGUGGGGUUCCAGUGUAUACAUCUGUUACAAGAAGUCAGUUCCAGCUUCUAACUCAAUUGCAUAUAAAGCUGGUUUAAUAUUCAGAUAUCCAGAAGAUGACUAUGAGUCAUUCCCCUUGUCUGAAUCAGUACCUCUCUUCUGUCUUCCAAUGGGGGCUACCAUUGAAUGCUGGGAUCCUCAAACAAAAUACCCACUACCUGUAUUCUCAACAUUUGUUUUGACUGCCUUGUCUGCAGAAAAAGUAUAUGGUGCAGCUAUCCAGUUUUAUGAGCCUUAUGCACAAGAGUUAUUAAAUGAAAAGCAACACAUGCAGCUUGGUCUUCUGACAGCUGUAGAGAGAAAAAAAGUUACCUCCAAAUCUAUAAAUUCCAACAAAUGCAUCUGCCUUCUGUCACACUGGCCUUUCUUUGAAGCCUUCCGAAAAUUUCUGAUGUUUAUCUAUAAGCUGUCUGUGUCUGGGCCGCAUCCUCUUCCAAUUGAAAAGCACAUAUCUCACUUUAUGCAAAACAUACCUUUCCCUUCACCACAAAGACCAAGAAUCCUUGUGCAGCUUUCGGCCCAUGAUGCAUUAAUAUUAUCUCAACCAGUUUGUACACCUUUACCACUCAGUGGGGCAAACUACAGCACUCUGCUUAUGAACCUUGGACCAGAAAACUGUGCUACUUUACUCCUCUCUGUAUUGUUGGAAGGCAAGAUUCUACUACAUUCUCUCUGUCCAGCUGUGCUGACUGGAGUUGCCGAAGCUGUGGCUGCUAUGAUCUUUCCGUUUCAAUGGCAGUGUCCCUACAUCCCCCUCUGUCCUUUGUCUCUGGCAACAGUGCUCAGUGCUCCUGUCCCAUUUAUAGUUGGAGUUGAUUCACGGUAUUUUGAUCUGUAUGAGCCACCACAAGAUGUGGUUUGCAUUGAUUUAGACACAAACAUGGUGUACAUAUCAGAUGAUAAGAAGAGUAUGACCUGGAAGCUGCUCCCUAAGAAGCCUUGCAAAAGCCUUCUUGGAACAUUAAGGAAAUUGCACCCACAACUUGCCUUAGUUCACAGAAAGACCCAAGAAGGCUCUGCCGUUGAGAUGAAGCCGAUAGAGGCAGAUUUCUCCUGGCAGAAAAAGAUGACGCAGUUCGAAAUGGAGAUUCAGGAAGCUUUCCUGCGUUUUAUGGCCUAUAUCUUAAAAGGGUAUCGAAUUUUUCUUAAGCCAAUCACACAAGCACCUUCAAAUAAAACUACUGCUGUGGAUUCCCUGUUUGACCUUCAAGGAUUUUUAAAAAGUAGAGACCGUGCCUACACAAAAUUCUAUACAGCUUUAACAAAGACCCAGAUUUUUAGCCGCUUCAUUGAAGAAUGCAGUUUUGUGAGUGACAAAGAUACAGGAUUAGCAUUUUUUGAUGACUGUGUAGAAAAGCUUUUUCCUGAGAAAGGAUCAGAAAAAGGAGAUAAGGUUGAUGUCGACUCAGCAGAGGAUAUCCGGUUAAUUGAAUUUGAUGAAUCUCAGAAGAGUGAACAUACAGUAUUUAUAAUGCCACCAGAACCACCCCCAGACGAUGGACAGGAAAGAUUACCAAAGUAUAGCUACAAGACCUUCCCUAAGUUAGAGCUUAAGCUCUUUGACAGACCACAAGAUCUCAAACUUUCCUUGAAGAGGCACCCAGCUAAAAGCAACAUUUCAAAUAGUCCAGCGCUUAUGGCAAAGAGGACCAAGCAGGAAAUAAAAGCAGCCCAUAAACUAGCCAAGAGAUGCUACGCAAACUGCCCACAGUGGGCCAAAUUCCUUUUCAGUCAUUGUUACAGCUUAUGGUUUAUUUGUCUCCCAGCCUAUGUUAGACUUUCACAUCCCAAAGUCAGAGCACUGCAGCAAGCAUAUGAAGUUCUUAUUAAAAUGAAAAAAACAGAUGUGGAACCACUAGAUGAAGUGUGUUAUAGAGUUUUAAUGCUGCUCUGUGGACUUUGGGGCCAUCCUGUCCUGGCUGUGCGGAUUCUCUUUGAGAUGAAAAAUUCUGGCAUAGAACCAAAUGCAAUUACUUAUGGCUACUACAAUAAGGCAGUUUUGGAGAAUCCCUGGCCUAGCAGUAAUCGCAGUGGUAUAUUUCUUUGGACAAAAUUGCGGAAUGUGGUACACAGUAUGGCACAAUUAAGGCAAUGUCUCAAAAAGUCUACACAGACUUCACAGGUUGCUUCAAUACCAGCUUCACGGAAGAUCCCAGGUGGAAGUGAUGGGGACACGGUGAGCCAUGGUAGUGUGGAUAGUUCUAAUGAUGCUAACAGUGGGGAGCACACUCUCUUCGUCAGAGACUUAGUCAGGCUUGAUUCCAUUGAUAAUCACUCUAGCACAGGAGGCCAGUCAGAUCAAGGCUACGGUUCCAAAGAUGAACUUAUAAAGGAUGAUGGAGACCACCUUCAUUCAACAGAUGUGCUUAUAGAAAAAGAUCUUGCUGCAAAAGCUGAAAACUUAAUUGGAGAUUUUUCUGGCACCAAUGAAUCUGCAGAGAAACAGCACUCUAAUAUAGAAUCGCAAACCCCUGUGGAAGUGCCUUUGCAUUCCUCAAGCAGUAUUGUGAAGGUUCCCUCUGGUAUGUUUGUUCUUCCUGGCAGGAAAAGCAGUGGUGGAACUGCAUGCAGUCCACUGUUCAUCGUUCAGGAUCCUAUUGAAGAUUCAGUGUUUGAUUGUAACACUUCUCCCAGAAGAGCAAAUGAAAAAGGGAAGAAAAGGCAAAAACAUUUUUCUGGAAGGACUUGCAGUUUCAGUACUGAAAGCAGAGCAGACAUGCUGCUGAAGAAGAACAGCUUAGACUCUAACUCCAGUGAUCUUGCCAUAAUGAUGGGAGCAGAUGCAAAGAUCCUCACCGCCGCUCUAUUGGGGGCCAAAACCUCUCCACCCCAUAUGAGUAAAUCACAUCCUUUUGAUGAUGCCAAUGGCAUACAAUUCUUCUGUGGGUCAGACAGUCCCAGAACUCAUGAAGAAGAAAAUACAUGGGAAACAGGGGCUAGCUCUUCACCGGUUGUGAAAGAACCUGGAGAUCAAUUGAAAAACGGACUCAGUGACAGCACGGUCGAAUCGGAGUGCAGUAGCCCCAGACCUCCUGAUACCCUUCAGUCUAAAACUGAGCAAGGAGAACCCAAAGAGAUAACAAACAAAAGGAGUAGUUUUUAUGGUGUAGCCAAGCCAAUUGAAAGGGAAGGUGUUCAAAUGGGUUUGGAUCCGUUAUCUUUGCUGGCCACGGAAACAAAAGCCAUCAAACCCGCCGAGCCAGAAGAAAAGAUCAUGUCACCAGUUGUAGCACGCAAUCUGGCUGAGGAAAUUGAAAGCUACAUGAAUCUAAAAAGCCCCUUGGGCAGCAAAUCUUCCAGCAUGGAAUUACACAGGAAAGAGAGCAACCGGGAAGAGGAUUCCCCUAGUUCAUCAGGGCCCAGUUUAGAGAGAAGGUCAAGCUUGGAUUUCAUCCCACUGCCCACAACACCACAGAUUCAAAAUGUUAAUCAUAAAAGUCCAUAUGACUCCAGGUCCAAAACCUUUACUGGAAGGCCAAAGCAACUGACUCUUUCGCGCACCCAAAAAGAACGGACGAUAACUUUAACAGGGCUGGGUCGUUCUCCUCAGGCUUCGUUGGGUGCAGUUGUCCCCUAUCUGACAGGGCUGAAGCUAGACCACAUACUAUCUGGGCCUAAAAUAGAGGUCUUGAAAACUGGCAUGAAACAAGCAGCUAAUGUCGCCAGCAAGAUGUGGGGAGCAGUGUCAUCAGCAUACAGUUAUUCGGAUGAUGAGGAGGAAACCAGCCGUCCUGAUUUUACCUUUCCUGCUGGCUUUGAAGAUCAUAUAUUAGGUGUCUGUCAGUCACCAAAAAUAGGAAUCCCAGGACUGGCUACCAGUGAACUUGCACAGAGCACCACAAGUCUUGGAAGCAGCAACAGCAGUGGAGACUUAGGGAAACCACACUAUCCUACAGGGGAAAAUCAAUUUUCACGAGGUAUGAAAGGUUUGGAUUCUGAUAAAUCUGAACAUGGCUCUUCGUACAAUACCAGUCUAUCCAGUAUCUUCCAAAACUGUGCAAUGGAGGUCUUAAUGUCCAGCUGCUCUCAGUGUCGAACCUGUGGUGCCUUGGUUUAUGAUGAAGAAAUUAUGGCAGGAUGGACUGCAGAUGAUUCUAAUUUGAAUUCUACAUGUCCAUUUUGCAAAAAUGCCUUUUUACCUCUCCUUAAUGUGGAAUUUAAAGACUUACGUGGCCUUGCAAGUUUGCUUUUGAAACCAAGUACCUCUGGUGAUAGUUUACACAGCAAUAACAUUCCAUUAACCACGGAUUCUCUGGAACCGAAAUCUGCCUCCAUCCCUACCACAGAUCUAAUCAGUUUUUUAGAACCUUCAAGUGCCAACCAGACCAUCAAUGAAGAAAAUAGCAGCCCAGCAACACAAAGCAUCAAUACAGCAGAGGAAGAAGACAAAAAUCUCAAACGCAUAAAGCCUCCUGUUACAAAUAAUUCAUCAAAACGCGGGACUUCUCUGACUCGGAGUCACAGUGUUGGUGGCCCACUGCAAAAUAUUGAUCUCCUGCAAAGACCAUCUCAUGGAAUUUCAACAGUUAGCCUCCCUAAUAGUUUACAAGAGACAGUGGAUCCCUUAGCGAAAAGGACAAAUCCUUCGCCUGUAUCCGUUCCCUAUUUGAGCCCAUUGGUUCUCCGGAAGGAGCUUGAAUCUUUGUUGGAGAAUGAAGGAGAACAAGUAAUUCACACAUCAACAUUCAUCAAUCAGCAUCCCAUUAUUUUUUGGAAUUUGGUCUGGUAUUUCCGACGCCUGGACCUCCCAAGUAACUUGCCCGGUCUCAUUCUAACAUCUGAACACUGCAAUGAUGGAACGCAGCUUCCUCUGACCAACUUGUCUCAAGACAGCAAGCUAGUGUACAUACAGCUACUGUGGGACAACAUCAAUCUUCACCAAGAAUCCGGGGACCCACUAUAUGUAUCUUGGAGAAAUCACAAUUCUGCAGAAAAGAAGCCCUCGGUCAAUUCUGAAGAGCAACAAGCAAUAAGCACUUUAGUCGAAAACAUCAAACUGAACAUUCAGCACAAUGAUGUGGUUAAACCUAUUAAUCUCCUUGUGCAGAGAGUUAAGCGGGAUGAGAAACGGCAAAGGAGUUUUUACAGAGAAAUCCUUUUCCUGUCCCUGGUGUCCCUUGGAAGAGAGAAUAUUGAUAUUGAGGCCUUUGACAAUGAAUACAGAACUGCAUAUAAAAGCCUUCCAGCAGAAGUACUCAAAAAAAUGCAAAAGAUUGAUUCUCCACCCAGUGACAAUGUAGAGUGGUGCAGAAAAUGCUUUGGGGCACCUCUCAUAUAGAUUUCACCAUGGAAGACUUAUCAAGAAAAAAAGGAGAGAUAACUGGGAAUGUAUAAAUUUUGCUUCAAGCUCCAGAAUUCUAGUUAAAACAACUGCUGUGCGCAAUCCACUUAGCCAACAUUGUUCUGUGACACUUGAUAUUUAUACCAGGUCAUGAAUUAAAUACGCUAACUCAAAAUAAUCCAAUUUACAGUUAACUUUCAACCAUGCUCUAUUUAAUCCUUCCCUUCCAUCUAGAAGGUAACAAAGAUAACAAAGGGACUUUAAUUUGCUUGCUUUCUUAUAAGACUUCAGUGUUCCUUCUAGCUCAGGUUAGCCUUCUAUUUCCAGAGUACAUUGAUUUAUGUAUGGAGGAAAUUCUACUACAUUUGUAUGUGCAUAUUUAAUGUACAUUUUCAUUAUGAAAUGCAUUUAUUUCCCUUGGUUCAAAAGAAUGGGCUGUAGCUUUAGCAAAGGGGCCUCUUAAAAGCCAUCACUAUCCCAAUUCACAGAAAAAUUAUAACCUUUAUCCUGGCUGUGUAAAGCAAAGCUUGUUGUUUCUUCUUCUCAUAGUAACUUUUUAAACUGUACAUAUGUUUUCUGAAGCAAUGAUGGGUGUCUACCCGGAGUGGCUCUAAGAUUUUUUUUUAUAAAGGAAAACUGAGAGUAGAUGAACAAAGGUACAUAAAGGGGCAUGGAAUAUUCAUAUUUUUA